AGUGUUGAAAAUGAGUGAAGUUUUAAAAACAUGGUUUCAAAAUAGGCUAGGAAUAAUGAUCGAUCUACAUCCAGACGUUUUUGGUUUAAUUACUAGAGACGGUACUCUUCUAGCUCAGCUUCUUCACAGUUACGACAUAAUUGACAACGCCCAGAUCAGCACGAUACAUAGCACGGAGGACCCAGCCUUAGCAAGGGUUAAUCUGAAAUUUCUUCGCGUGUGGCUUAAGUUUAUCGGGGUAGAUUGCGACGAUGAUACCAUCGAGGAGAUAUCCAACGGACAGGGUACUACAGCGACACGACUUUUCUACAAGAUUUUCGUCAGUUUGGAGGGUAAAGACAAGCUUCACUUUAUUACCCAACAAAAAGAAAGAGAAAAGUACAUUCCACAGUCGUCAAAGUUUGAUGUUAGCACAGUCCCAGAUAAGUCACCGCCUCCAGUAUGCUCGGAAAAUCCACUUGCUGGCCAGCUUGUAAGUAAUGCAAGCGUAAUCGCUUGGCACCGCGACAAAUUCCAGGCAAUCUUAAAUAGGUGCAUACUUGCCCGAAAAUUAUGCGUAUCAAAGCAACAACAAGUACGCUCCACCGAAAAAAUACUAACAGAGAACAUCAUGGAAAAAGAAAGUGAGGUUCAUAUGGAUUAUAUACGACCAUUUCCGGAGCAGGAAAUACAGGAGUUGCACGACUUUAGUUGCCAGCACAAGGUACGCAGUCCAGAAAAAUAUACCUAUCAUCAGCUUUGCAACGAGAAAAAACUUGGUGAAGCAAUGGAGCCAGCACCGGCUGAUCCAGAGGCUGCUAAGACGUAUGUAAAAUGUAUGAAAGAUCGAACGCGGCGAGCAUCGCAGAGCUAUAGAUGUAAAAGUCAAAUGGAAAAAUCUUUGACGGCGAAAUUGUGGGAAAAACAAGUGGCCAACCAAGAGACUGAAUUUGAUCUAGCCGUCGCCAAGAAAUUGUUCUCCCAGUCACAGUACGAAAAACAAAUGAUGACCAAACUCUGCGAAAUUCGAGAUCAAAAGCAAAGGAUCGCAAAGAACAGAGGAAUUGUUAAUAAAUUGAUGGAGGAAAGAAUGAGGACCGAACACAAUAUAGAACUUGCUAGGGAACAUGAAGUUGCCGUCAGAGAAGGUCAGGAUAUUGAGGCUGAGUGUUCGAGACUGUGUGAAUUACAUAGAAGAAUUCACGAACGAAAAAUACAAAAUUGUUAUGAAAGAAAUUACCUUAUUUGUAAUGAUGUCUUGAACGAUCUCAUUGACAUCGCUGUGCAGGCAGCCAUUUAUCGGGAAAGCAACGAUAACUUUAUUCCGGCCAAGAUUUGGGGAGAAUGGAAAGCCUUGUUUAUCAAGAGUCAACCAAUUUUUUCAUCAAUUGAGAAUACCGAAUAUCUCUGUGAAGAAAACCCUGAAGAUGAAGUAGAAGAUAUUUUCAGAGCAGAAAUUGAGCGUCAAGAGGUUCUCAAUGACGCUGAUUUCGAUAAUUAUUUGAACGUAAACGCACCUUGGGACGAAUUUAUGCCAGAUAUUGAUUUGGAAACCGAGGAAAUACUCAGGCUUGGGAUUAUUGUACUUGGCUACAUCAUCCAUCGUCUCUUAGAUUACGUGUAUCCCCCAGAGUCAAAGCCAGAGCCUGCUUCAGUGCCCAAGGUAUCCUCAGCUUGCAUCCUUCUCGGCGUAUUGGACACAUCUGUCUAUCCAACAAUACAGUCAUUGCUGAAUCACCGAGGUAUUAAACUCAUUUUCAUGGAGGAUGCAAUAAAUUACUGCCUACGAUGCUUCAAAGACGAAAUGAAGGAUUUCUCUUGCAUUGAUCUGAGUGCCAUAACGUCUAAGAACGAAGUAUCGUCGAAAACUGCACUAAAUAACCCAACUUCACGCGGGAACAAAAACACUACUCUUAAGAAGAAGGCAACACCUAUGGGACCUUCAAAAACAAUGGAAAUGACUACACGCAUUGUUGAUAAGCAAACGCAAACACCUCGCGUUAUUCCAAAUGAAGAUAUGUCUCCGGAUCUUUCGAAUUCUGCAUACAUUGGCAAAUGGGUUUAUCAAUUUCUCACACUGGGCCAGCCAUUGUCCAAUGAAUUGAACACGAAAAUCCUUAUCGAAUACACGAAGAGUCUGAACGACAUAGAAGGAUGGGUUUUGAUAGAUUAUCCCAACACUUUUGAUCAGAUGGCACAACUUGAGUCGGCUCUCACAGGUAUUAAAAUACCUCAGGAUAAAAAAAUAUCCGAUGAUCCUGACGGUGAUAUUGAUGAACUGAACCAGGUACCUCCAAGGAUAACGUACGAAGAUGAGAACUCGGGCGAGUUCUCUCGUUCUUGCAGAGAAUCUAGACUUGUCUACAAUCCAAUACCGAACGUACGCAGGGAAUCAUUGAGUUCUUACAUGACCGCUUAUAUUCGAGCAUUACCAAAACCUAAAAAUAUGCACAUACGCGAGGAAGACAUUUUUGAGAUACUUUCGGAAGACACAACGCCAUUGGAUGCCUUUUAUACUACUCAAGGCAUUGCUUAUGCAGUUUAUUACACAUCCUUCGAUCUAUUCACGCUGAAGAGAUUAUGUAGACUCGCUAUUGGAGACAUGUCAAUUCCACGAGUUCCAUCUAUUGAACUGUUCGGCGAAGCUUUGGAUUCGUUAGAAGAUGAAGAGGCAAACCCACCCUUGAGCAAAACUCCGAUAGUCAAACAGUUCGUACCCUGUCCUGAACCGGUGAACGAUGACUGGGGAGGAGAAAGUGAUUAUGAAGGUGAAGGUGCAAACUAUUUGAACAACACUAUUAGUACAGUAACUGUCGAACCGACCCUACCAAAACCCGGGGAAGAUGGUUGGGAAUGGAUCAAGUUUCCUCAAGCUCCGUUGCUGUUGGAGGCCUUAGCAAACCUAUGGGAAAAUAUGGAAACUGUUUAUAUUGAGGACCUUAAAGAAAUAUUCUUUAUAAAAAGAGUGCAGUACUCACACAUUGUGCCCUACCGAAACUAUGUGACUAAACACAUGACAGACUUCAUUCAACGACCUGAUUCCAAGCAAGAUUUGUUACACAACUUUCAUACGAGUUAUAAUGAUAUUGCGAUGGACAUGCGCGAUGACUUGGAUGUCAAGUGUGAGUUGCAUUGUAGAGUAGCCGAUUUUCAGAAAGCACUUUGGGAAAUUUGCGACGAACGACGAAAACAGGCUGAGGAAGAAAGGCAACGAAUAAUCAGAUUGGAUUGGACAGCUGAGGAAAUGGUCGUCUUGGCUAAUCUCUACAUAUGCAUGAUUGAAGCUGAAGUAGAUAGAUACAUCGACACUGUACAACUUCUUCAGGAUUAUUACACUUCUAUGCUACAACGACCCAUCUCCGAGAAUCGUUUAGCGAAACUUCCUCUUCAAAGACUGGAAAUAAUUUCAAACGAAUUGAUGAUUUCUUCGUCAACUGUAUCGCUUGUAAAAGCCAAAAAACCUGCAGCAAAGGAAACAGCGUCAUCGAAAACUGGCAAAAAUGUUGCUAGUCAAAUUCCACACAAAGCACCUAUCAUCGACUGUACUCGUAUCAAAAAACAGAUUGCUGAAUUGCUAAUUUCCGCUGAGGAAACACCUCACCUUACCGGAGAAAUUAUCUGCUACCAAGCGGUGCAUGCAAAUAUCAUGUACGCACGAAAUGUCGUUGAUUCUCAGGCGUUAUCGUUGCUAAAAAGUUUAAAGAAAGAACAAACGUCCUUUACCCCUGACGCUAAAGGUAGAAUCCAGAUGGCCAAAAAUCAAUUACUACCCACAGUUGAUGCUGAACUAAUGGCUGAACUUCUCAAGCGAGGACCUGAUUUGUAUUGUGAAUGGCGAUCUGCCUUGCAAUUUGAAAUAAAUAGAAUACUCCUCAGACUAAAAUUGUUAGAGAACGCUGCUCUAUCAGACAUCAGUUUUCUCUAUGAAACUAUGCAGCGAUGUUUUUCCAACGUAAUGACUGCCACCAACGAUCGCUACAACAGAGAGAUCAAGAGCGUAAACGAAAUGGCAUCAGUAUUUAGUUUGGCAAUCGAAGAAGAAAUACCCAUUCAAGAAGAGUUACUGUUGGACGACGACCGCUUCAUUGUCAGAUCAAGCGUUCUGAUGUAUCCGGAUGAACCAACUCCUCCUCCUGAGCCAAUACGUGAAGCAAAAUUACCCUCACAAUUUCGUAUGGGACAACUUGGUCGCCUGAUGGAUAUAUUUCGGUAUGUGGCACCCCACGGCAGUCUUCCGCAACGUUUUUUCACUUAUAUCCUCGAGGACAUUGUCGCCUGCGGCGAAGACGAAGGUGUAAUAUCCCAUCUACCUUCAUCGUGGUCAGAACUGCGUCCCUGCGAUGUCCCAUACUUGGUCACAGAGAUAUUUGGAGAUACGGAGUACGUCGAUUGGAGGGAAUUCAUUAUCUAUGCUAUGGACAUAUCGAUGCCCAGUGAUGAAGAUAUCCUAGAUAUGAGGUUGCAGUUUAUAGCCAUGGACCCAACCCUGUCUGAGAUGGUAACCAGGGAUCAAUUUCAUUCCAUCAAAUACUGGUUCACAAAUUGUGACCUGAAAGAUCCGGCCUGCAAAAAUCUCCUCCAUGAGGAUUAUCAACGUGACGAAGAGGAAAUGUACGAAGAGGAACGAGAAUACGCUAAGAUCGAAAAGACCUGCGGAUUAAUCUUACCAAAAACACCGUCUGAGUCGAAAAGGUCACUAUACAGCAGCGACUCCACUGUUGAUAGUACAUUUCCGGCAAGCUCCCGCAAUAUUACUCCGCAGGAAACCGUGCGGCUAAUGCUUGCGAAGGAAUUAUUAUGCGAGAUGUUUGCGUCGGGAUGCACGAACGUGAAUUACACCGCGUUUCUUCUGGCGUUCUGCAAAGAUUACGACCCAAGAGAAGGUUUGGGCAAGGCACUGACGCUAGUUCUCGGUGAUAAAAUUUGUGUAUCCGAAAAAGAGGGCGAGGAGUUCGUUGCCGAAUUAUUAGAGCAGCAACGCCUCGCUGCCGAAGAAAUGGCCAUGAGAAAUGAUCAAUGGGAAGCCGCCGAAAAGAACGUGUCAAACGUUAUAAGCGAUGUCUUGAAAAACACGCUGGAGCUAACAGAAGGUAUCACGAUCUCAGAGUUUGACAACCUAGACGACCACAGUGACAGAAUCGAAUCAACCGCCUCUCAGCAAAAGCGGAAUACUAGUAUCGGGUAUACGAAUUCAGUAUCACCUGGCAAUUCCAGACUGUUACCACCUAAUGUAGUACUCUCGACCCCUUAUCCUUUUCCUCCGCCUGGUAGCAAAGCAUCUGAUGAGUACGUAUCCGAUCAGGAAAUUUCAAGAUCGACCAUUUUGGCCGAAGGAUACAGCAAGGAAUCCUUGGGCAUCAUCGGCAAGCCCGUCAUUAUUCAUUGGAUACCUCGGGAAGCUUGUCAGGUAGUACUUUUAGCUACCUUACCUUGGCAUGCACGGCAACCUGACAUCCUAGGCACCACUUCGUGCCUACGUGAUUGCCUGGACAAAGUCUACGCCGAUCUCUUAGAUACAGAAAUCAGGAAUGAGCAGGACUACGUUCUUUCUCACCGACUGGUGAACCAUGGGUUUAUCACAAACCUGCUAAGCUCUACCAGUACGUUCACGAUGAAAAAUAUUGGCAACAUCCUUCGUGAUCUGUUGAACAAGAAAUAUAAUCUCAAACAGACGACCAACUGCUGACUGGAGAUGUUAAAAAUAAUUAACAAAGUGCACCACUUACCUCUAGUAAACGUGACGUGACUAUACAAGUCAUGACUUGCGUCAUGAUACCUGUAAAUGUAUUUAUUAACGGAUUUGUGAUUCGUGAUGAAUGAUAAAAACUUGGAAUCAUCGGUGGACUUGUAAAAAUCAGCUCUAUCAAGAAUAAUUGUAGCCAUAAUGAUGUUAGUUCUGGGUGGCGUGCAGCCUUCUGAAAUAAUAAUUCGAUAUAUCAAUGAAUCGUGUGCAGAAAUGAGUGUGUUAAAACACCUUUACAAAUGAAUAAACAGUACGUUUUACGACUAGCUAGGUAAUUUAUUGUACACUAUCAUUUUACAUAUUUAAAAUAUUUUAACCUAUAUACUAUAAGAUGAUGCAACAAAAUUUCAUUUCUUUUUCUGUUCAAUAUCUACAGAUCUAUUUCGUAUCCACAAACCGGUUUCGGUAGAUUCCUUGGGUGGAAAAAAUUUACGUUUUUCUUUUUGCCGUAAGAUACUCAACGGAAACAAUCUCGACAUUUAUCGUCGUAACAGCAAUUAGCACUGUUAUAAGGUAUUACAUUUUCUGAGGAGUGAACGAAUGUCUGGGAAUCGAACGGAAUUUUAGUAAUACGCAGACUGGCUAUUUUUUUAUUAAAAAUUGCAAUACAAAAUUUCUCAUUCAUUUUAAUACAACAAUC